AUGCUUCAGUGUAUUCCUGGAGAAAUGCAGAAACAUUUCACCAGCCUCAGCACAUGCCACAUACCACCACUAGGAUACUUAGCACCAGAGAAAAUGGUACCAAGAGGAUUAGUGACCAGCAGUGGUCCAUUGGAGAAGCUGUCCUCAGGAAACUCUCUGUCUAGUGUUGUCAUGAAAUAUAGCGAAGGCUAUAGACAGACCCUGACCAGAAAUUUUCCGGUAGGAAAGUGGAAAGACAAAAACCUUCAGAUGAAAUACUACGUUUGGCCUCGUGUGUGUCCUGAGACUGAGGAGCGAGAGGAUGACCACUUGAGUAUCGUGACCCUGGAAGAAGCUCCAUUUGUCAUUGUGGAAAGUGUGGACCCUUUGAGUGGAACCUGCAUGAGGAAUACAGUCCCCUGCCAGAAACGCAUUGUCACUGAGAACAAAACGGAUGAGGAGCCAGAUUACAUUAAAAAAUGUUGCAAGGGUUUCUGCAUUGACAUCCUCAAGAAAAUAUCUAAAUCUGUGAAGUUCACCUAUGACCUCUACUUAGUUACCAAUGGCAAGCAUGGGAAGAAAAUCAAUGGAACCUGGAAUGGUAUGAUUGGAGAGGUGGUCAUGAAGCGUGCCUACAUGGCAGUGGGAUCCCUUACCAUCAAUGAAGAACGCUCAGAAGUGGUGGACUUCUCUGUGCCCUUCAUAGAGACUGGAAUUAGUGUUAUGGUGUCACGAAGCAAUGGGACUGUCUCACCAUCUGCCUUCUUAGAGCCAUUCAGCGCUGAUGUGUGGGUUAUGAUGUUUGUAAUGCUGCUGAUUGUCUCAGCAGUGGCAGUCUUUGUCUUCGAGUACUUCAGCCCUGUGGGUUAUAACCGGUGCCUUGCUGAUGGCAGAGAGCCGGGCGGUCCCUCUUUCACCAUUGGCAAAGCUAUUUGGUUGCUAUGGGGUCUGGUAUUUAACAAUUCUGUACCAGUUCAGAACCCAAAGGGAACAACCAGCAAAAUCAUGGUGUCAGUGUGGGCCUUCUUUGCUGUCAUCUUCCUGGCCAGCUACACUGCCAACUUAGCUGCCUUCAUGAUUCAAGAGGAGUAUGUGGACCAAGUUUCUGGCCUGAGUGACAAAAAGUUCCAGAGACCGAAUGACUUCUCACCCCCCUUCCGCUUUGGAACUGUGCCCAAUGGUAGCACAGAGAGGAACAUUCGCAAUAAUUAUCUUGAAAUGCAUACCUACAUGGGAAAAUUCAACCAGAGGGGUGUGGAUGAUGCACUGCUCUCUCUGAAGACAGGGAAGCUGGAUGCCUUCAUUUAUGAUGCCGCAGUCCUGAACUAUAUGGCAGGCAGAGAUGAGGGUUGCAAACUGGUGACUAUUGGCAGUGGAAAGGUAUUUGCCUCUACUGGCUAUGGCAUUGCCAUCCAGAAGGAUUCCGGAUGGAAGCGCCAGGUGGAUCUCGCCAUUCUACAGCUCUUUGGAGAUGGGGAGAUGGAAGAACUGGAAGCUCUCUGGCUUACUGGCAUUUGCCACAAUGAAAAGAAUGAGGUCAUGAGCAGCCAGCUGGAUAUUGACAACAUGGCAGGUGUCUUCUAUAUGCUGGGGGCAGCCAUGGCCCUCAGUCUCAUCACAUUCAUCUGUGAACACCUUUUCUAUUGGCAGUUCCGCCACUGCUUUAUGGGAGUCUGCUCUGGCAAGCCUGGAAUGGUCUUCUCCAUAAGCAGAGGUAUUUACAGUUGCAUUCAUGGAGUAGCUAUUGAAGAGCGCCAGUCAGUGAUGAAUUCCCCCACGGCCACUAUGAACAAUACACAUUCUAAUAUCUUGCGCCUACUUCGUACUGCCAAGAAUAUGGCUAACCUGUCUGGCGUCAAUGGAUCCCCCCAGAGUGCCCUGGAUUUCAUCCGUCGUGAGUCAUCUGUCUAUGACAUCUCUGAGCAUCGCCGCAGCUUCACACAUUCUGACUGUAAAUCCUAUAACAAUCCCCCCUGUGAAGAGAAUCUCUUCAGUGACUAUAUCAGUGAGGUAGAACGAACUUUUGGCAACCUUCAGCUGAAGGACAGCAACAUGUACCAGGACCACUACCACCACCACCACCGGCCCCACAGCAUUGGCAGUGCAAGCUCCAUUGAUGGGCUUUAUGACUGUGACAACCCACCCUUCACCACCCAGCCAAGGUCAAUCAGCAAGAAGCCAUUAGAUAUUGGCCUGCCAUCAACCAAACAUAACCAGCUAAGUGAUUUGUAUGGCAAGUUCUCUUUCAAGAGUGACCGUUUUGGUGGCCAUGAUGACCUGAUCCGCUCAGACGUUUCAGAUAUUUCUACUCACACAGUAACCUAUGGAAACAUUGAAGGCAAUGCUGCCAAGAGGAGGAAGCAGCAGUAUAAGGACAGCUUGAAGAAGCGACCAGCUUCAGCCAAGUCACGGCGAGAAUUUGAUGAGAUUGAGUUGGCCUAUCGCCGGAGGCCACCUCGAUCCCCGGACCACAAGCGCUACUUCAGGGACAAAGAAGGGCUACGGGACUUCUAUCUGGACCAGUUCCGAACAAAGGAGAACUCUCCUCAUUGGGAGCAUGUGGAUCUUACGGAUAUCUACAAGGAACGGGGAGAUGACUUCAAGCGUGAUUCAGUCAGUGGGAGUGGUCCCUGUGCCAACAGAUCUCACCAUAAGCAUGGAACCAGUGACUUCGGAGCCAAUGAGCGCAAACAUGGUGUCGUCAGUGGUGUGCCAGCACCGUGGGAGAAGAAUCUGACUAACCUCGAUUGGGAAGACAGACCAGGCGGUAACUUCUGCCGCAGCUGCCCCUCUAAGCUACACAACUAUACCACACCAGUGGUGGGGCAGAACUCCAGUAGGCAGGCCUGCAUCCGGUGUGAGGCUUGCAAGAAAGCAGGCAAUCUCUACGACAUCAGUGAGGACAAUUCCCUCCAAGAGCUCGAUCAGCCCGCUGCCCCGGUGGCAGUGACAUCGAAUGCCUCUACCACCAAGUACCCUCAGAGCCCAUCAAAUUCCAAGGCACAGAAGAAGAACCGGAACAAGCUACGCCGGCAGCACUCCUACGACACCUUCGUGGACUUGCAGAAAGAAGAAGCAGCUCUGGCCCCCCGAAGCGUAAGCCUGAAGGACAAAGGCCGUUUCCUAGAAGGGAGCCCCUAUGCCCACAUGUUUGAGAUGCCAAGUGGUGAGACCAAUUUUGCCAACAACAAGCCCUCAGUGCCCACUGUCGGACACCACCACCACAACAAUCCUGGCGGUGGUGGCUACAUGCUCAGCAAGUCGCUCUACCCCGACCGGGUCACACAAAACCCUUUCAUCCCCACUUUUGGGGAUGACCAGUGCUUGCUCCAUGGCAGCAAAUCCUACUUCUUCAGGCAGCCCACGGUGGCGGGGGGAACGAAAGCCAGGCCGGACUUCCGGGCCAUCGUCACCAACAAGCCAGUGGUCUCGGCCCUUCAUGCGGCUGUGCCAGGUCGUUUCCAGAAGGACAUCUGUAUAGGAAACCAGUCCAACCCCUGUGUGCCUAACAACAAAAACCCCAGGGCUUUCAAUGGCUCCAGCAAUGGGCAUGUUUAUGAGAAACUUUCUAGUAUUGAAUCUGAUGUCUGAGUGGGGGAGGGGGGUGGGAGAGUUGGGAAGGGGACUUUGGGGGCUGUGGGGGGAGGGUAUGAGGUCAUUUGGUACCUGUGUCAUAGAGGGUGAUGGGGAUUGAACUUGGUUCCCAUUUGUUCCUCUCUUGGUUCUUUAUUUAUUUGUGGGAUCCUGGAGUCCUGAUUUUCAUUGAAGACAGCACUGGUGACAUCUUUUUUUCAUCCUUCCUUUCCCAGUUCCCUCUUCCUUCCUUCAUCCAUCAAGCAUUUCUCCUGUUAGCAGUGCACUGAAAUAUGGUAUUCAAGUUUGGUGUAUCACAGUGGGAAAAGGAAGUAUGUACAUAUAGAUGGGAAAAGAGCAAUGGCCCUUCUCUGGUCUCUCUCAGCAUGGACUGAAUAGUUCUCCUUGCACAUACAUUUGAGUCAAACAAGGAGAGGUCAGAGAUGGUCAUGUGGGCCAAAGAAGAGAACUCUUUCCCUCAAUGAUUUUGACUUCAAGUGAAGAAGUAGAAGGCAGAAUGGGUGAACUGAUUGUGAAUUAUGAAGGGGCUCUCACCGAGUUCUUUUUGCCUAGACUAUGUGUGCUUCUAUUAGGCUAUUUGCUAGAUAGCAGAAGAAAAGAGGAUGACUAUAUUUGUUACAUAUAUAAGCUAAGAAGCUUGAUUAAAUAUUGAUGUGAUUAUGGUUAGUGGAGUGAUGCAGGGAAAGUUAUUGACAGAAACACUGGGAAUAUCCCUUCAAAACUGAAGAGGAAACUAUAGUAGUGUCCUGGGCAAUGAUGGAGGUAAGAGGGAUUCAAAUAAUUUUUGUUCUGUUAUUGUGCGCAUAGACACAUAAGCAGUAUUCUUGACUCAUUAUGUUGUUUGUGUCAACAUCACCAAACACAGCCAAUUGAUAUAUUUGGCUUCUAUAUGAUAAUGACUAUAUGUUAUUUAAAAAUUCUGCCACCAUCCAGAAAGGGUUGGGAGAAAGUGUGGUUAUGAAUGGACUCAAGCAAUGCAUUCAGAAGUUAAUUCCAACUUAGAAAUAUUCGGUAGUCUAGGCAAAAGGAUGGUGAAUCAGCUAACCAGAAAAGAUGAGAGAAGCUUCCCCUGUGAUAUAUGACAGUACUGAUCAUUACUGGCAAAACAAAACAAAGCAAAAACAAGAACAAGCCCAAAUUAAACCUUCCCAGGCAAGUUAAGGGUGGUGGGAAGUAGCCAUGAUCCUAUAGAACCUUUCCUUGUGAUUUAGCUCAGAUGUCCUUUACAAUUAGUUCCCAGGGUCACCAAAGAAGGGAAAAGCAGGUGGGACAUUGACAAAGUGAAGAAGAGCUUUAUGAUAGGGUGAGUAGGAGAGGGGGAUGUCCUUUGUACUUUGAUCCCUCCUUACUUAACCCAAAGUAAGUAAAGCAAACUUGUUUUCUCCAGAAUUUGCCAUUCUUCACACAAUGGGAAUUGUAGCUUGCCUUCUGGAGAAAAAUUGGGUCUUGGUACAAAUUAAACAGCUUAAAAGUACACUAAGAGCCACUGGCAUGGAGAGAAGGAGGCAAUCUCUGAAAAAAGACAGAGGAUGGAAGCUGGGAGUAGGAUCUAAGCUGCUACCAUAUUGGGGGCCUGACAUCCGUAAGAAUAUUGAUGUUUCCAGUGUAAAUUAUUAUCGAUAUAGGAGCUUUUUGAUGUUGGGAACCAACCUCACUCCUCUUUUGAUUAGUACCAUUCUAGAAUAAAAAUAUUUUAGCUCCAUGAAGAAGAGUGAUAGUAAAACUGAAGCCCCCUUCUUUAAAAAUAGCAAAACUGGAGAAGGGAAAAGGGUAUUUGUCACUGCCUAUCCUUGAAUCUUGUGUGUGGGAAAAGGAAUCAAAUCAACUCACAGAUCCUACUCUGUGGAUGCUACCCUGACCUCCAUUCUACCAGGUAGCACCCAAAGGGUCUGAUAUCAUUUUGGAAGCAAGACAGCAGCUCACUGCUAUCCACACAGGACAAAUAAACCAGAAAGGUGCUCCUCCCAUGGAAGAAAGCCACCAUUUCUCUUCAAGUCAUGUUCUCCAGGGUUCUUCUCUACCUUCCCCUUUCCCGGCCUUCCCUACCCAUCAUCCUCCUAUCUCCCCACCACCCGCUGUUGAUUUUUUACCUCAAUAUCUUUCAUUUUUUAAAG